AUGCCCGAUAGCAAGCCCAAGCCUGAGCAAGUGGAGCUGCUGAAGGCCGGCAGCAAGUUGAACGAGAAAAAUGGGUCUCCUGCAAUAACUUUGGUUGGUCAGGAGUUCUAUGAGGUCAAGCUGACCACUGACUUCAUCAAUGAGCGCUUGCAGAUUUUGGAAAGAAACCGGAAAAACAAGAAGGUUGUGGCCAACUUUGACUUCGUGCUAACCUGGGUUUCUGUCUCCGAAUUUGCCUUUGCCCCACCCACGAAGAAGGAAGUCCAGGCCAAGUCCCUGACCAAUUUGGCGGCUGUGGAGGAGCCUGAGGCUGAGGUAUCGGGAGCAGAUCACGAAGCAGGUAAUGAGGAGGCAGGUGGUGGUGCAAGUGGUGAUGAGCAAGUGGAUGUUUGGGUUGAAACGCAUGGGAUGACCCAAGAGCGUACACCACUCUUUUGCACCACUGAAAAACCAAAGCCGCCCCAGCGACAUUGGCACAUCAAGCAGUCUAGCUUUGCUACUCCUGAUCAGAAAGUUGUCAAAGAAGACCCUGUUCGUCGUGAACUCUUCAAAGAGGGAGAGGAGGAGGAGCCUAAGGAAGUGGACCAGGAGGAUACAAAACCCUUGUCGGUGCCUGAGUCUCUUCCUGUUGCAGCAGCUGAAGCCACUAAGUCCAAGAAUGUGCGGGCAGCCCUUGAGAAGGACAUUGAGGAUCUGCUCAAAAAGCUGGGGUCUGGACGAACCGAACUCCAGACUGCAUUGGAAUCUGGCGUUGAGGUACCAGAGAUGGAGAAGAUCACCCAGCGCAGCAAAAACCUGAACGAGCUUGCAGACACAGUCAUGGAGCUAUUGCUCAUUGACCUUGGCUUCUUUGGUGAUGUGGAGGCCUUAACGCUCCGCCAAUGCCUUGCGGUUGCGUACAAGGACUUCAGGAUUUGGUGUCGUCUCAACAAAGUUUGGUCUACAAGUUCUGGGGCUUCUAUGAACUGCAAGGGCUAUUGCUCUCGAGUGAUCCUAGCGUGGCUUUCUAGUUGCCUGAACAUUGCAUUAAAUAGAGCUGUGCCUGCCAGCCGGGAUGCACUGAAUCGAUUCUUUUUGUCUAUGGAGUCGGCAGGGCGGUACCUGCAACAUGGCAGCACGCUUGAAUCCUACAAUAUACAUCUGCUCUUGCUUUAUAGACCUUGGUAUCUGAACAGAGGUCUAGAUCAGAGGCUGAAUCGCUCUAUUCUUAUGGGAUGA